AAAAAUUCACCUGUUGGAAUGGUGACCUGUUGCACCGGUUCAUUGCAUAAUAAUUAAAAAAAAAAUUGAAAUUCCAGUCGGGUAAAGCGAUUGAGCUCGUCGAGAGCCUCUCUUCCGCGGUGGGAUUUCAGAGCGUCUCUUCCGCGGAGGGGUUGAUUGGCGGCGAUGACGAUGGCGAAACUGCACCUGAAUUAUGGCGACAACGAUAGCGAACCUGCAUCAAGGGGCAAUUGCGACGGCGACGCUGUGAGAAGAAAGAGAUUGGGGGUUUCAAGUUUGCUCUUCCGCAGUGGUCUCUUUGACGAUAUUGAAGUGGUUGAGCAUCGGCGACGGGAGCGGUGAGAUUGGGGUUCGCGGCUGGUCUCUUCUGAUUGUGCUCUUUCGUGGUGGGUCUCUUCGUCAAUAGUGAAGGGGUUGAUUAGCGGGUCACCGGAGGGAAGAAUUGGAACAAGAUUCAGAGCUGCUUGAUUGAGGGAAAAGUCUACUCCAAGUUCUCUUCGACGACGGUGAAGGCGGUGAGCAAAGGGUGACGGCAAGCGAGUGCGACGAGCAGGGUUUUGUGGCGUCUCUAGUCGAUAGAGAAGAGGGUGGGCAGGUCGACGGUGAACCAAAUUCUAAAUUAGGGUUUUCGCGGUGUCUCCUCUCUCGCGAUUGUGCUUCGUCGCCUCUUUGUGUGCCGCCGGCGCGAACACAGUUGUGGCUCUGAAUUAGGUUGACGACGACACUGUAACUAGGGACUGAGUAGGGGAUUCAUCGGGUCUUCAAUUGGUAGCAGCUUUGCUGUGUUUCUUCGUUCAAGCUUUCAGGUAAUAAAGAUGAUUCUCAGAUUCUGAAUGUUUCUCCAUUUCUCACUUCAAAUUCGUCUUCCUUUGCUUGCUACAUUUCUCUCAUCGUCUGACUAAAAGAACCCCAAACUCGGCCCUCAUUUGUAGAGACAACUAUUCCUUCUUUUUUCAUCAUUUUAGCUCACUAUAAGUUUCAGUUAUGAUUGUUCUUGUAUAAUGCUUCUGGGUUUCAUGGAAAGUGUAUGAAAUAUGAUGAAUUGGAUAUCAUCAUUAGGGAGUUGAAGGUUUUCUGUGAGUUUAUCGUCAAUUGGGUUUGUUUGUGUUUUGCUGCAUUGAUCAUUACCAUGGACAUUCACAACCUUAAACGAUGUUGUUACUUCUGUCUACUUGAUAAUCCAAUCGAUUUGUAGUCUUGUAUUAGGAUUGCAGGUGUCGCAAAAAGACUAGAAAUGCAGGUUGUGUUCAAUCCUGUACAAUCUGGUUUUGUGUUCAAUCCUGUACUAUCUGGUUAUCACUCUCAAUGAAAUUAAAUCCUGUUCAGUUGUAGAUAAUGACUCGUAGAUUGCAUGUCAAUAGUCUUGGAUUAGUGUAGCUGAUACUCUCUGCAAAAACUGUUGGUCUAUGGUGUUCAUGCCAUCUUGUAUGCCCUCUGGUUUGUGGGGUGAUGAAAUUGCUUACCAAGACAAAAAGGGAAGAAAGAAAACAAAAAACUCAAAUAGAGCAUAAUAGAGAGAUAGUAGAGGUAAAGCAAAUACAUGUUAAUCUCAGAAACUAAAGCAGUCCACGGUUUAUUACAGUUGCAAAAGACAUAGUGACAUAUAUGAACAUAUUUUGAUACUAGAGCAAUCAUAGACAGGAUUUAUAUCCUACAAGGAUCAUACAAAUUGACUAUUUGCCUGGAGGAGUAUAAUAGCUGACCUGAUUAGUAGGGUUAGAGCACCCUCUAUCCUACUUUCCUUUAGUUGUAUCGUUCGUCGAUUUAUCAUAAGAAUUGUUCUGCAUCCAAGUGUUUACUGAAAUACACCAUGAUUGUUUCUGGCUUCCAUGUGUUUGAUGUUAUGUCCGUGUGGAAUACUGAACUAGGAAAACAACGAGCCUGAAUUACUUAAUGCCCCAUCCAUAGUACGUAAUAGUUAAUACAGUAGGAGUCCUUUCGUUCUUCUAGGAUGCUUUUGUAGUAUUAGCAUCACCUUAAUCGUAACAUGUCUAUGAUUUUGUUGUUUACGUGAGUUGACUUUUAUUUUUUGUAUUAUGUGUAGGGACUUUAAUCUGGUAACUCUUUCAGCUGCUACACGUUGGAUUUAGAAUUCAAUUUCUCUUGUGAUAGAGCUACAAUCUCAGUCUUCCCUUCCAGGCAAGUUACUAAAAUCUCACCCUUUUAACUUCAGCCGUGAAUUGUUAUUCAAGAUCGUUAGUCUGUGCCUCUUUGAUUUCUACUCGUGACACUUACCCUAAUGUUGAUUGUGCUUUCGGUCAUCACAAUUAUUACCUGCAUAUUUGGAAGUAGUUGUCUUUGCUGUAUGGAAUAGCUACUGUGUGAUUGAUGGUGUGAAUUUAUUUGGUACUUUUACGCAAUGGAUAUGCUUGUGCUUUUUGAUUGAAUGUGUGCAUGGUUAGAGCCCGACUUAUGCUCUCUUCUAUCUAUAGUGAUGGCAAUGUCAGUAUAGUGCAUUAUUGGUGUGGUUAAACAAGUCUAUGCCUAUCAACCUGCUACAUUAAAACCUCAAUCGCAUAUAUUAUGAUUAGAACUAUUAACCUAGCCUACAACAAUUUGGAAUGGAUUUGUGCUUCCUAGCCUGUUGAAGUAGAGGUUAUGUUCAUCCUUUCAUUAUGAAUUAUAUGUUGUGACGUGCAAGCUGAAGCAAUGUAUAGAGUAGCACUCAAUAAUCCUUUCCUUUCAUCCUUUCUUAUCAUUAGUUUACUACCAAUCUCAAUACUGUUUAUCUUAACUAUGUAUAGAACCUUCUGCUUACAGAACAACACAGAAACCAAUCUCAGCAUUCCCCCUUACCUGGAUUUUGUUCUACUAUGAUGACUUGCAAGCCGAAGCUAAGAAUAGAUUCGAGGAAACAAUAAUUAUUUUUCAAACUUUACUAGAUAUCAAUUUUCCCGUCACUAUCUUAACUAGUGCCAGAGCCAGAAAAUUGACCAAGGGGGUGCUUCCAUGAAAAGAUGUCACGGCUGUGAAAUUUCCAGAAUUAGCCAUGAGAAUGCUUAGUGGGAUCUGGGUGUUUUUAGUUUCACGACUUAGUUUAACAGCCGUGAUUUAUGAAGCCAAAGCCGUGAGAUUGCCCGGGGAUAUGAAAACUGCUCUUUACUUCUCACGUGGCAUGUCACGGCCGUGAGAAUUGAGAAUGAACCGUGUGAACUGUUUAAUGAAAGCUGGGUUUUUUGGGUGAAAUUUAUAUAUGCCAAUGGCGGAUUUCAUGGUUAAUUAGUGUACUCAGGUAUUGAGGUAGGGGUUUUCAGUUCUUCUGGUAGUUGGAACUUGAUACCGAGGCAAGUGUGUUUGUGAGCUCUGGUAUAGUUUUGCAUUUUUUUCAAUAUUGAUAAAAUCCAUAUAUUGUAAACUAGGAUUGAACUCAUUACCUGGAGAAUGUGUUUACCAAAUGAUUAAAUGAUCCUUUUCUAGAAUGAAACUAUGUCAUAACCACGUUUUCUAGAAUGUGUUCAAUUGUGAAAGUUGCUUCUUUAGAUCAGUGGAGGACGACUCUGGCUUUGUAUAUUUUGUUGUAGUCUUCGGCAUGCUUAUAAUUCGUGUUUCAAGGCAUGCUUAUAAUUUUGUUGUUGUUUUAAUUUUGCAGUUUGUUAAAAUUGUUCUAUAAUGAAGAUGAAGAGGUAUGACCUUUUUAGCACGCGAUGUUCUCCGAGGAAAGUAUUCUCCCUAGUCUAAAAUUUAGAGGCUUGUCAAUCAGAGGCCAUUAAGAGAUGCACUGUGGUCCGAUUCUUGAAGUCAAAGGAAGAAUGUUACAACGUGAGUUGUUGGAGAAACUUUUAAAGAGCUUUAAGCUGGAAGAAAGCACAAUUAAGGCGUAUGGGCUGAAAGUGCAUAUUUCGGCCAAAGGUUUCCAGCGAAUUAUGGGUGUCCCCGAGGGAGGGACGUAUAUCGUCUUGGAUGGUGUAGAAGUGGUUGGAAGAUUCGAGGAACUGAAAGAAUUUAGAGUGUAUUCGACUCUUGACUGUGAUCGACAGGCGAUUUCCACAAGCUUAAUGCGAAAGACGUUGAAUAUAAAAGAGAGCAGCGACUUAUUUGUUAAAACUUUUAUAUUUUUCGUAAUGGGGGGUGCUAUAAGUACCUACUGGAAGAAAUGACAUUUUGUUAUCUUCGGUAUACGCUGUCACCGAUGUUGUGGACAUUCCGAAGAAGAAUUGGGCAUCCUAUUGCUUCAAUGAAUUGGUGAAAUGCAUCUGCAACCAUAAUGCUGAUGGGAAAAAGUAUAUACCUGGUUGCUUGCUGUUUUUGGAGGUAAAUAAUUGAUAAUUGACACGCCAAAACACAACACCAAACUGCGACCAAGUGUAAUCGCAGUCCCGGAAUGUAGUAAAGUGGCAAGUUCUAUUAUCAACCCGGGGUCUAGAUCUACUGCUUACUCAGUGAUUAUCUAUUAUCUAGCCAACUAAGUUAAGUGAUUGUUGUUUUAAGCAAAAGCAGAAAGAAAGGAGGAAUUGGUUCGGUUUUCUCAAGCAAAGAAGAGUCACUCGGGAAUGAGUCCCCCUAGCUCCUUAGUUAGUUUCAAUUGUAAUUACCCUGGGUUGAUUUACUGUUGAUUAGACUGCGGAAGAUCCGACAGUAGCUUGGAAUCUCUUAAGCUGACCAAGCCCUCUCAGUCUAACUACCCGACAGACGACUAGUCUUCACCGGGAUAGAAAGCUGAAGCAAUAAGCAUAGAACUCCACUACUGGAAUUGGAUUCCAGUACAAAGCAGUAGACUGGCUAAUUCUCGUAUAGCCAAUCUCCUACUACCGAAUGAUGAAGCUCUAACAACCUAAUCAGAUUCUAUCAAUCUCAGGUUGCAGCAGAAAUCAAGAAAAGCUUAUUAGACUUCAAUCAGUUCAAUAAAACAUGCAUCAUUCGAUUAAAACCAAACAGUAAUAUCAUCCCAAGUCAUUACAAUCAAAUUCCUAACACAUGGAACUAGGUUUCUUCAUACCCAAGUGAGAGAAGGGUUCUACUCCAUAGAGAGAGAGAGGAAAAUAGAAUACAAAGCAGUCAUACUCAUAACAAUGGGAAGAAUUUGCUCUGGGAUGAUGAUUUCCACUCCUAUGACAAUCUCCAAGCUCGAUUUGAUGAAACCCAGAAAAUUGGGAAAAAACCAGAAAAUCCCGAUCACACGGGCAGGCCACACGGCCGUGUGGCAUACCCAGUAGCCCGUGUGAGAUCAAAACGGUGCGUUCCGAUUAAUUGACUUCAGUCUACCUACACGGCCAGGGACACACGGCCAUGUGGCUCACCCAGUCUGCCCGUGUGAAGCCUCGCAGAAUUCCACACGGCCACAUUGCAACUUCACACGGCCGUGUGGGAAUUAUUUGAGCCUGUGUGAAGGCUUGCAUAAUCUCACACGGCCACAUUGGUUACUUGCACGGCCGUGUGGGUUUUGUGUGUGCCCGUGUGGCUUCCUCAGCGACUCGCCACGCGUCCGAUCUUCGUCUAAUCGACCCCGAACUCGCUCCCAAGCUUUCAUUCACUUACUAGGACCUGAAAUAUCACAAACAAGCACAACUUAGCAUGAAAUGGGCCUAAAACACGAGAAUCAACACCUCAAACGGCUCCAGAAUAGGGGUAACAACAUGUGCAAUUAACGGUUUAUCAAUAAUCCGUACUUUCUACAUAUUCGUAAUGAUUAAUCAUCAUGUUGAUUAUAGAUUUUUUUGUAGUUAAUAUUCUUGGAGCAUGCAAAUGGUAUUUUCCACACCAUUGAUGGAAGUUUGGAUUUGAUGAGUUGGGGGAGCGGAGACGUAGAGUUAUUGUUAACGAAAAUGGUAAGACUGAUAGUGCAAAAUGGUAUAUUUGAUUCUUUUGACGAGUUGGAGCAUGCUAAUGGUACAUUUGGUUCCCUUUUUAAUUAAUUUAUAGGUUUCCAGCAGUUCGGGGAAAAGAUCAUCUGAGGAUUCAGGUUUGAAAUCACCUCCAAGGAAACGGGGAAGAAGAGACGCGAAACGGCACAAAACCGACGGGGAUGAGCUGCUUCUUUGUGAGCAUAUUGAUGCUCGGUUUAGUACCAUGGAGGCUAGAAUUGACAACUUCAUUCAAGAAUUUAAAGUCGCAAUGGGUGGUGCUGCUUGUAUAGAUGAGGAGCUAAUGGGUCGGGUUAUGAAAAUGGAGAAUGAAUUUCGGGCAUUUAGAGACGAAAUUGGUACUGUAGUGAAGUCAAUUAUAGAGGCAGUGAAAGCAACUACAGGUGACCCGUUGUCAAAGGAGCAGCCUACUGAAUUGAAAAAGAACGAUCAGAAGGAUGCGGAUGAUAAUGUGAAAGCUUCUGCAGCUGUUUUGUUGUCAACGGAGCAGCUUAUCAGAGGGGAAAAGGGCAAUCAGAAGGGUGAGGUUGAAAAACCAAGUGAACCCAUUUCUCCUACCUCUGAAUGUGUCAAGACUCAAAGGUUAGGUGUUAAGAAUUGGGGAGAGGCUGAGGGGGAAAUUGGAGAUGACAGCUGUUCUGAAUCUCUUUCUGUCAAAGUUGUGAAAAAGUCUCCUUACAAGCAGGCGAAAGCGUCUAAAGUUGAGAAAUUCAUACUGUUGAGUGAUGAAAGUGUUGCUGCUAAUGAUCGUUGUGCCAAGACUGUGAAGGUAUUACACUUGAUUAAGUUUUCUAAUUAUUUGUUCUUAUUGUGUUUACUAAUGAACUGGUUUUGUUUUAAUGCUUUUGAACAAUAAAGGGGCGAAAGGGAGGUGGACUACGUAGUGUAUCUAAAUUGAAGCCUAGUUUGUAUGUGGUCUCUCCAUUCGAACGGGCAAAUCCCAGAGCUAAGAAAGCACAACCUUUGUACCUUGAUCCUCCCUUUGUUGUUAAGACACCAUUGACUCUGGAGGCAGUAAAGAUGAUUCAAUUUGCUUUUAGUAGUAAGCUUCCCGAAAGGUACCUCCCGAAAUCAUUACAAGUAAGAUUGGAUCAUAUUUGUAGGAUGUUUUUGGUAUUUGCCUUAUUCUAAUGUUGUGGUGUUUGAACUUGGUCUUGUAUUACAGUGACAUAUUGGUUAGUCUUGAUGGCGGGGUUCUUUCCUUGCUCCGUGAAAAUUUGGUCGAGCUUUUGCCCAAGACCAAACUUUCGAUGAGGGUGAGUUCCUUUAUGUGUGUAAUUUAGUAGAUUGAACUUGUAUUGCUGACUUUGGUGUAUGUGAUGAUUAUGCAUUAGAUUAUAGAAAUGGCGUGUCUGUGCAAGACACUAGAAGAACGAAGUUGUGGUCGCAGUGGUGGAUUGUCUUGGUUCUUUCCACCUUCAGUUUCGGUACAGUUGUCUGCUUUGUCUAUUCUUGUCAUGAAAUUAAUCUAUUUGUUUGUUACAUGUAGCUUGUGUGGGUAACUGUGUUUUAUUUUUCUAGGAUCGUGCGUAUCAUUGCAACGAGGAGCAAUUUAUGGCUACCAUGCGUUCAUAUAAGAUACUUGAGCGAUACCGUAUAAAUGAGCUACUUUACUGUAGUAAGGUAUGUUGUAAUGUUGUUUUCUAAAAGGAAAUGGCUUAACCCUCCUAUAUUAAAUUUAUAAUUAUUGUUUGUUUGUGCAUUAUUUCAGAUUCAUGUCCAAUUUUCAACCUCACGUUGACCCGCUUCUAUCUGGCGGUCUUUAACUUGGAAACCAAAGAAAUUGAAAUCUGGGACUCAUUACCAGGAACUCAUAACCAAGAAUAUGAUGCAAGGAUGCAGAAACUGGUUUGCAUCUUGUUCUUCAAGUUUUCAAACUUGACUUAUUGCUUAGUUGUUAGUUGUUUUUCAUUUGCCGACUUUGUCGUUAAAUAUCGAUGAGGGGGGGUGUUUUCAUUUGUAGAAAUUGGGUCUAGACUUGUUGCUUCAGGAGGAUAUCUGCGGGGCGUUUUCAUUUGUUGACUUUGUGGUUAGAUAUCGCCAGGAUGUUGCUUACCAACCAAAUGGGUACCCUUUGUUGUUGGUCAAUUGUGCACUGUUCUAAUUAAGUUCGGUAAUUAUUUGUUCGCAUCAUGACCAUGGUAAUUAUUUGUUACACUACAAAUUUUAUUGUGGACUAUUUGUCGCCAAUUACUUGCUGGAUCCAGAUCGAUAUUCCAAGAAGCUUGACCAGUUUGACAGUGACUAUGAACGGGCGCAACUUACAAUGUACUUGCACACUACGCAUUUGAAUGAGGUGCAAGCUACAAUUAAGGCACAAUCAGAUGAAUAUUUUGAGAGUCAUGCGAGACCUGCCCAAAUUGAGACUGAGAAGCUGAAUUUCAAGACGAACUUACUCAAUCGAGGAAGAAAGCCGUUGCACGCGCAUGGAGAGAAAAAGGGUAGAAAGUCUAAGAAGCAUUGAGAGUUGUGUUGUUAAUGUAGAUUUUAGUUAAUGUGGAGGUUGAAUGAAGUUUAGGAAAAUGUAGAUGUUGAAUGAAUUUUAGUGAAUGUAGAUGCUGAAUGAAGUUUAGGAAACUGUUGAAAUUACAAUGAAGUUAUGAAUGAAGCAUUAUUCAGUGAUGUUCUCUUUUCUCUAUACUAUGUUUAAUGUGUCGACAAUGAAGAAGUUAUGAAUGAUCAUAUACUGAAAAAUGGUUGAAAAUGGACCUUAUUCACCCUGCCAGCAGGCUGUUUCACGGCCUCAAUAAUCCACUCUCACGGUCGUGAGAUUGGGAUGUGAGAUGGUGAUUUCUCUUACUCCUUAGGAUGGACCUUUCACGCCCGUGAGACUAGGCCCUGAGAUGGGUUUUUUUAUAACGCCUUAAUGAUGGGAACUUCACACCCGUGAGACUGGGCCGUGAGAAUGAAAAAAUCAUUCCCUAUAGUUCAGGUAACCUCACGGUCUUGAAAGGACAAUCUCGCACCCGUGAGAUUGUGGGCGGGCGUGAGUUAGUGAAUAAAAAAUGUCAUUUAGAAGGAUCAAACCCGAGCAUUUGGCAUAAUCAUUCAGCGCAUUAACCAGUCAGACUACCUAACAUGUUUUGCAAAAUUCAUUGUCUGUUUUCCUUUUACUACAUAUGGUUGAAUGAGCGUUUGAUUAUCGGUUUUGGGUUCAACCCAUGUAAUUGUAAACCGAUGUGAGAUUGAGGUUAGGUAUAUGGGUGAAUUAGCGUUUGAUUAUCAGUUUUGGGUUCCACCCCUGUAAUUGUGAUCCGAUGUGAGAUUGGUUGAUGAUAUAUUGUUUAGUGAGUCUUUGAUUACGGUUUUUGGCUUGAACCCAUGUAAUUGUGAACCGAUGUGAGAUUGGUUGAUGAUAUAUGGUUUAGUGAGUGUUUGAUUACAGUUUUUGGGUUGAACCCAUGUAAUUGUGAACCUAUGUGAGAUUUGUUGAUGAUAUAUGGUUUAGUGAGGAUUACAGUUUUUGGGUUGAACCCAUGUAAUUGUGAACCGAUGUGAGUUGGUUAAUGAUAUAUGGUUUAGUGAGUGUUUGAUUACGGUUUUUGGGUUGAACCCAUGUAAUUGCGAACCGAUGUGAGAUUGGUUGAUGAUAUAUAGAUUAGUGAGUGUUUGAUUACGGUUUUUGGGUUGAACCCAUGUAAUUGUGAACCGAUGUGAGAUUUGUUGAUGAUAUAUGGUUUAGUGAGCGUUUGAUUAUCGAUUGUGGGUUCAACCCAUGUAAUUGUAAACCGAUGUGAGAUUGAGGUUAGGUAUAUGGUUGAAUGAGCAUUUGAUUAUCGGUUUUGGUUUCAGCCCAUGUAAUUGUGAUCCGAUGUGAGAUUGGUUGAUGAUAUAUGGUUUAGUGAGUGUUUGAUUACGGUUUUUGGGUUGAACCCAUGUAAUUGUGAACCGAUGUGAGAUUGGUUGAUGAUAUAUGGUUAAGUGAGUGUUUGAUUAUGGUUUUUGGGUUGAACCCAUGUAAUUGUGAACCAAUGUGAGAUUGGUUGAUGAUAUAUGGUUUAGUGAGUGUUUGAUUAUGGUUUUGGGUUGAACCCAUGUAAUUGUGAACCAACGUGGGAUUCGGUUUACGGUAUAUGGUUGAUUGACAUUUGAUUAUGAUUUUAGGUUGUACCCAUGUACUUGUGAGCCGGCGUGGGAUUGGGUUUACGGUAUAUGGUUGAUUGUCGUUUGAUUAUGGUUUUAGGUUGAACCCAUGUACUUUAUAUGGUCGACUGAGCGUGUGACUAUGGUUUUGGGUUUAACCAUCUAAUUACAAACCGAUGUGAGAUUGAUUUACGAUAUAUGGUUGAUUGAGAGUUUGAUUAUGGCUUUGGGUUCAACCCAUCUACUUGUGAACCGAUGUGAGAUUGGUUGAGAGUAUAUGGUAUAGUGAGUGUUUGAUUAUGGUUUUGGGUUUAACCCAUCUACUUGUUAACCGAUGUGAGAUUGGUUGAGAGUAUAUGGUUUAGAGAGUGUUUGAUUAUGGUUUUGGGUUUAACCCAUCUACUUGUGAACCGACGUGGGAUUGGGUUUACGGUAUAUGGUUGAUUGACGUUUGAUUAUGGUUUUGGGUUGAACCCAUUUACUUUAUAUGGUUGACUGAGCGUUUGACUAUGGUUUUGGGUUUAACCCAUCUAAUUAUAAACUGAUGUGAGAUUGAUUUACGAUAUAUGGUUUAGUGAGUGUUUGAUUAUGGUUUUGGGUUGAACCCAUGUACUUGUGAACCGACGUGAGAUUGGUUGAGAGUAUAUGGUUUAAUGAGUGUUUGAUUAUGGUUUUGGGUUGAACCCAUGUACUUGUGAACCGACGUGAGAUUGGGUUUACGAUAUAUGGUUGAUUUUCGUUUGAUUAUGGUUUUGGGUUAACCCAUCUAAUUAUAAACAGAUGAUUUUUUGGGUUGGUCAUAAUGAAUAAAUUCCUAGAUCCUCAACCCUCACGGUCGCAAGUCGUAAUAGUGAUGUCGUUUCUUCCUUCUCGCCCUUCGUCGGCGCCAAAGGACUGAUCCUCGGUUCCUCCCUGUCGACUUCUUCCUUCCUGCUUCCCUCCCUCCAUCCCUGCCUCAGUUCUUAAUUAUCGUACUUCGUCGGCUCCUUCUCCACCAAUAUUACGAAACCAGAUUCUUCCUAUCUCCCUUCCUUCGUCUUCCCUUCUCUACGCAACCAUCGAUUUUCCAUUCUCCCUUAUUCGCCCAUCCUUCGCCACCUAUCCUUCACGAUGGAGACAGAUCGUUUCUAGCCGAGACGGUGAGGAGUCAAAGAGAGCAAGUGGGUUUUAAUAGGUAAGGGCAUGCAUGAUUUUUCGUGGGGGGUUUUAGUUGUUAAGGGUUCUUAUUUGGGUUUUCUGUUUUAAUAUAUGGGUUUAAUGGUUCGGUUGAGGGGAAGAGACGAAAUUAGUGUCAAUAGGGUAAGAAAAGGCUACCGCCGGCAGCUCUGAGCUUUGUCGGCGGCAACGCCAAUGACCAAGGGGAACUUUCCUUGUGGGUUUUCGGAAUUUGAAGUUUAGUACUAGUUGUGUGUUGAGAUUAUGCCUAUUGUGUUUGCGAAUUUUGAGAAAUCCUGUAUGUAUAGUUGGGUUUUGAGACUGAAAUUAUGAUGGUUAUGAUGGUUUUGGGGCUGGAAAUUGUGUUUCAGUUUAGCUGUGGUUAUUGUGCAUAGUUUGGUAUGUGGAAGUUUGUGGUAUGUUAUGGUGGGUUCGAAGAUUGGGGAUUGUGGUGGCUUCAAAACUGUAAAUUGUUGGCAGUAAUUGUGGUCAUGUUGUUUGAAAAGAGGAUCGGUUCUGGUUGUUUCUUUGUUGAAUUUGGUGGGUGUUGUGAAUUGUGAUCUUGCUUGGCUUCAUUUCAUUUGUGAAUGGUUGGUUUGUUGCGGAAUUGAAGGGGAAACUAUCGAGCUGAGUUUGCUUAACUCGGACUUGCCUCAUAUUUGUUUCGUAGGUAAUGGAUGCUUGGUAGGUAAUCAAUCCCAGAGCAUUAUCAGUAGUAGUAUGUUAGUUAAGCUUGGUAGGUAAUUGAUGCUUAAAGAUGCACAGAAACUAUGUGGCUUAUAUGAAUAUGCCUCUAAUAUUUUUUCGUUGCUUGUUAAUUGAUUAGUGAAGUGUUUGAUUCGGUCGGUUGUGGGUGGUUAAUAUGUGGAUUUCAAUUGUCUCUAAACUUCAUUUUGUUGGUUGUUUUCAGUUGAUCAACUAUGAAAGGUUUGAUGGAUGAUAUGAGCACAGGCAAGGACACAGGAAUUGAUUUGAAUGUUGGUUUAGAUUGGGGAAUGGAUUAUGGAGAUCAUACCGGUGGUGUUAGAGAUAGUGACGAUAUGGAGGACAAUGUCGACACCCGCGAUAGUGAUUCUGAGGAUGAUAAUAACACUAACAUUGGCGAUGAUGAUAAGGAGAACAUCUCAUAUGAGCAUUUGCACAGCUUCGAAACACAGCCACACAGCUCAGAUGCACCUCUACACAAAGAUGCUGCAAAUCCAGCCAUGGCUCCACCGUACUCGAGUAUGUAUGACUAGACCCUGCUUGAUAAAGUCGGGAAUGGUAA